AAUCCAAAUUGAACCCUACAAAUUUCUUCUAUAAAGAAUCACAUGUACAUCAAAUUAUGCAAGAUAAAUAGGAGUAUAAAAUAUACAUAUAGUGGUGCACUUCAAGCGAACAGAGCUAGAAAGGCAUCGAUGGGUUCACUAGAAAAUCAAAGCUUUGGGAAUGGAUUCUUACAUCCAACUGAAACAAAUGGAAAAGUUAUCACUUGCAAAGCCGCUGUGGCAUGGGGACCUGGGCUUCCAUUGGUGGUAGAAGAGAUAUGUGUGGAACCCCCUCACGAAAUGGAGGUCCGAAUAAAAAUACUCUUUACUUCUAUAUGUCACACGGACCUUAGUGCUUGGAAAGGCGAGAAUGAAGCUCAGCGAGUGUAUCCUCGAAUCCUCGGCCAUGAAGCGUCCGGGGUGGUGGAGAGUGUGGGAGAAGGAGUGGAGGAUUUGAAAGAGGGGGAUCAUGUGAUUCCGAUAUUCAACGGAGAGUGUAAAGAGUGCAUCUACUGCAAAUCGCCGAAAACAAAUAAUAUGUGCGACAAGUACAGGGUGAAGCCAUUGAAGAGCGUGAUGGAGAAUGAUGGAAAGACAAGGUUUUUCAGCAAGAAAGAAGGGAAGCCCAUCUACCAUUUUCUCAACACCUCAACUUUCUCCGAAUACACGGUUGUUGAUUCGGCUUGUGUUGUCAAGAUAGAUCCUCAGGCUUGUCUCAAGUCUACGACCUUACUCAGCUGUUGUCUCUCAACAGGUCUUGGAGCUGUAUGGAACACUGCCAAUGUUGAAGCUGGCUCCAGUAUUGCUGUUUUCGGUCUGGGUGCCGUGGGACUCGCGGUUGUUGAAGGAGCUCGCACAAGGGGUGUCUCUAAGAUCAUAGGAGUUGAUAUUAACCCUGAGAAAUUCUUAAAGGGGAAGGCGAUGGGAAUGACAGAUUCAAUAGACCCCCGAACGCUGAAAAUGCCCGUGCAUGAGAAAAUUAGAGAAAUUAGUGGGGGCGGCGUGGACUACAGCUUCGAGUGUGCAGGGAACUUGGAUGUUCUCCGCGAGGCUUUCUUGUCGACCCAUGAUGGUUGGGGAAUGACAGUGGUGUUAGGAAUUCAUCCUACUCCGAAAUUGUUGCCACUGCAUCCAAUGGAGUUAUUUGACGGGCGGAGUAUAACAGGAUCUGUGUUUGGAGGCUUUAAAGGCAAGUCACAACUCCCUCACAUUGUCCAGAAAAUCAUGAGCGGGGGAAUAAAAGUGGAUGGUUUCAUAACCCACGAGCUUCCCUUCAGCAAGAUCAAUGAUGCUUUUCAGUUGCUUAUUGAUGGAAAAUCAUUGAGAUGCCUACUCCACCUUUAAAUUAGCUAUCCUUUUGUCACCAAAAGGCCGCAAAUUCAGAGUGUUGCGCCAGUGUAAUUAAGUAUUUCGUCUUGUAAGUUGUAAUGUUAUAGUAUCUUGAUACAUAUGUACUGUAUCUUAAACAAGAAUAAACGUGCUUUAGAGUAUCUGAGAUGUUAUGUUGGUCUGCCUGCGUUACUGGCAUGACAUUGCAGAGGAGAAGCACAAGUUUAUGGGAAUGUUAUAUCUGUAUACAUAGGAGUGUUUCUGGUAUUGGUAGUGUAAUGGGUGAUAUUUGCUCACCAUGUAUGGAUGUUAUAAUAUUGAGAUAAUCGUGUUUGUUAGUAUCA